AUGGAGAAGAGCCAACUUGCCAACAUGAGGAAGUCCCUUCUUGAUGAGGGAUUUGUUGAUGAACAGUUUGUUGACCUGGAGGCCAUGCAAGAUGAUGCUAACCCUAACUUCAUUGAAGAAAUGGUUGCGAUGUUCUACAAUGAUUCAGCUGAUUUAAUUCAGACUAUGGAGCAAGGCUUUGAGGAAACUCCUUUAGAUUUCUCUAAGUUGGACGGCUGUGGGCAUAGUUUCCAGGGAUGUUGUUCAAGCAUUGGAGCCAAGAAGGUUCUAAAUGCCUACGUGCAAUUGAGGGCCUGCCGCAGGGCAGAAAAUGAAGAAGGGGCUUCUGGUGUCCAGCCUGAAUCAGCGAAGAAGACGAGAGGAGUUGGUUGA